AUGCUGUUGAUGCUUCUCCUGUCCAUCCUCAGCGUCGUUUGGGCUGACGACGUACGUAUGGAUUGUCAUCCUGAACCCGGAGCAACGCAACAGAACUGCGAAGAAAGAAACUGCAUAUGGGAACCACCUUCGGACCAACAGACAGCAGGACCAUGGUGUUUCAUGAAAAAUGGCAUUGGCUACACGAACAUAUCAACAAAGGGUUCAGUCAUCACCCUGCGACGAAACAGUGGACCGAAAAACCCAUGGGGAGACGAUAUUGAGCUUAUUUACUUCAGUUCAAACACGAUAGGAAAAACCCUUAAUGUGAAAAUAUAUGUGCCUGGGCGAUAUGAGCCACCUGUCAACUUUCCACGCAAUCCAUCUGUUUCGGCUGACAGUUUAAAGCUCUCUACUCAUAACGCCAACAAUCUAUUUUCCUUCACAGUGGUGCGCAAAUCAUCAAGAAGACGUUUGUUUGAUACAUCUCUUGGUGGUCUUAUUUUCUCUGACAAAUUCCUCCAAAUUGCCACUUACUUGCCCUCGGACGCUAUGUAUGGAUGGGGCGAGAACGUGCAUCUAUCCCUUAAGCACAAUUUCACUGCAUACACGACAUGGGGUAUGCUUGCAAGAGACGAACCGCCUAGUUCAGCCGGUCUCGUCACUAAAAAUCUUUAUGGUGUCCAUCCAUUCUAUAUGAUGCUCGAACCAGAUGGAAAUUCACACGGAGUCCUCAUUCUUAACAGCAAUGCGCAGGAAGUAACGACAACACCAGGUCCUGCAUUAAUUUAUCGAACCAUCGGAGGUAACCUCGAUCUCUACUUCUUUCCGGGUCCAACUCCGGAAGAAGUCACGCAGCAAUAUCUUACAUUAAUUGGCACGCCUUUCCUACCAUCUUACUGGGCUUUGGGAUAUCAGAUCUCUCGAUACGGCUACAAGAAUCUUGACGACAUGAUUGGAAUAAUUGAUAGAAACGUCAAGGCUGGAAUACCUCUUGAUACAGCUGUUGCUGAUAUUGACUACAUGGAUAGGUACAAGGAUUUUACAACUGGAAAGAAUUGGACUGGAUUGCCAAACUAUGUAGCAAAACUGCACACUCAAGGAAUGCGAACAAUACUCAUUUACGACCCAGCUAUUCAAGUGGAUUACGAUUCUUUCCAGAGAGGAAUAAAUGCGAACGCACGAUUUAUUGAGUGGGAGCGACCCGAUCAAGUGAUGCACACGAUCCAGGAUCUCUAUCCACUGGCGAAAAACACUAAAAUCAUGUUAGGAGUUGUGUGGCCUGACCGACAUGUGGCAUUCCCCGACUUCCUUGAAACAACCAAUAAUACUGCAACCUGGUGGACUGAAGAAUUUGUUCGAUACUGGAAUCAGGUCUCUUACGAUGGGAUUUGGAUAGACAUGAACGAACCGGCGAAUUUCGGAACCAACGAGGGCAACCCUUGGUACUUUGACAAUCCUGAUCACCCGGACGACGAAGCCUUAAAAUGUCCGAUGGUUGACGGUGGAAAAGACGCCGAAUGGGACAUGCCUCCAUUCAAAACCCAUUCCGUUUAUUUUUAUGGGCAGGGUUCAUAUCUAGCGUCAAAAACGCUUUGCAUGUUAGCUGUGCAGGCAAAUGGUACCCAGCGUUUCUACAACGUGAAGAAUCUUUAUGGAUGGAGUGAGGCCAAAGCAACCCAGCAAGCACUAUUCAAAGCCACCAAUAAAAGAGGCGCAGUUAUAUCAAGGUCCACUUUUCCCUCGAGUGGUCGUUUCGCAGGGCACUGGUUAGGCGACAAUAGCGCAACAUGGGAGGACCUUCAGUCGUCUGUCAUUGGAGCCCAAGAGUUUAAUAUGUUUGGCAUCCCGUACGUUGGGUCCGAUAUUUGCGGUUUCAAUGGUGAGACAAAUGAAGAACUCUGUCUCCGAUGGCAACAAAUGGGUGCAUUUCACUCGUUUAUGAGGAACCACAACACAGAAGGGGCAUCACCUCAAGAUCCAGCAAGAUGGCCUUCCGUCGCUGCCGCCGCUACAAAGGCCAAUUUGUUUCGAUAUAAAUACCUACCCUACCUCUUUAGUUUGCACUUUAUCGCUUCACUCAGUGGUGGAACCGUAGUUCGGCCGUUGUUCUACGAAUAUCCGAAGGAUCAGAACACACAUAACUUAGGCCACCAAUUCCUGUGGGGCGAUUCGAUUCUGGUAGCUCCUGUUCUUUAUCAGAAUGCGACGUAUGUAGAUGCGUAUCUUCCUGAAGAUGAUUGGUAUUCGCUAUUUGAUACCGGUUAUGGUCAAAUAGUAAAUCACGGAUUUCAAUCAUUAUACGCUCCCUUGACGUCUCUCAUUCCAGUUCUUGUUAGAGGUGGAUCAAUAAUACCUCGUCAGAAACCCAACGUGACCACGGAGUAUACAAGAAAGAACGCCUUCGAAUUACUGGUAGCUCCUGGAGCCAAGUUUAGAACGAAUGACGCUGCAGACGGUUUCUUUUACUGGGAUGACGGCGACAGCAUUGUUGAAUCUUUCACAAAUCAUGACUACUAUUUGUGGAAAUUCAAGUAUUCUGCUACUGAUCGAAGUGCAACACUCACAAUUAAGACUGAACGACAGGCAAAGUCAUUCCAAGUUCCUACUAUCGACACCGUGGAAAUUUUCAACUAUGACCACUACCCAGAUUUUACGAAUUUUCAACUGAAUGGGAAAAAGAUUAAUAUCGACGUGCAAUCUUCUUCCUAUAGUCCUCGCACCAAAAUUUUGUACAUUUCUACAAAGAAUUUAAUUGACAUCUCAACAGAUAUGACAGCAGUUCUGACAUGGACGCAUUCAACAGGUUUCUACAGCAUCCAGACUGAUAGGUCAGCCCGGUUAUUGCUCAUUCAGCGCAAGCAAAAUGUCGUUGACUUUGCCUCGAGUUCGUCCAGCUUAUCUGAGGAGGACGAAGAGUUCACUGUUCCAGGGAUGCGACCCACUCUGGUUUGUUUCCUUUUGUUCACUGUUGUCUGGGCCGAUGACGUUCGAAUGGAUUGCCAUCCAGAACCUUCUGCAAACAAGGAGAAAUGUGAAGCUAGGGAUUGCAUCUGGCAGGAAUCAAAGGACUCGAUACCUGGAAUACCAUGGUGUUACAUGAAAAAAGGAAUUGGUUACAAAUACGUGUCGAUAAAAGACUCGGUUACGAAACUUAGAAAGAAUAAUGGACCUAGAAAUCCAUGGGGUCCUGACAUUCCGGAAAUCUUCUUCAAGGCAAGCACAAUCGGAAAAACUUUGAAUGUGAUGCUGUAUGCACCGGAGCGGUACGAACCUCCGCUAGAUCUUCCUCGCCGUCUCUCCGUUUCUGACGAAACACUAAGGCUCAACACAGUGAGUGACGGCAAUAUGUUCUCCUUCAAGGUAAUAAGAAAAUCAACUGGAACAACAUUGUUUGACACGUCUCUUGGAGGCUUAAUUUUCUCGGACAAGUUUCUCCAGAUCGCCUCCUAUUUGCCAUCUGAUAUCAUGUAUGGAUGGGGAGAAAAUGUUCACCCCACACUUAAGCAUAAUUUUACACGUUACACGACCUGGGCUAUGUUUGCUAGAGACGAGUGGCCAAAUUCAGAUCGUCUCGAUACGAAAAAUCUUUAUGGUGUCCACCCUUUUUACAUGAUGCUGGAAAGAGAUGGGAAGGCCCAUGGUGUGUUCAUUCUGAAUAGCAAUGCACAGGAGGUAACUACUACACCAGGACCAGCGCUAAUAUAUCGUACGAUAGGAGGCAACCUCGACUUGUACUUUUUCCCAGGCCCUACUCCUGAAGAAGUAACGCAGCAAUACCUGGCUCUUAUAGGCACGCCUUUCCUGCCCGCUUACUGGGCCCUGGGAUUUCAGAUUUCUCGCUAUGGCUACAAGGAUCUUGACGAAAUGAUAGAAAAAAUUGAAAGAAAUGUCAAAGCUGGAAUUCCACUUGAUACUUCUGUGGCAGACAUCGACUAUAUGGAUAGAUACAAAGACUUCACAGUGGGAGAGAAAUGGUCUAAAUUGGGAUCGUAUGUUGAAGACCUUCACAGCCGCGGAAUGAGGACCAUCCUUAUGUUCGAUCCAGCCAUUCAGGUCGAUUACGACACGUUCAAUAGGGGAAUGGAUGCGAAGGCCAAUUUCAUAGAAUGGGAACGUGAAGACCAAGUGAUGCGCUCCAUUCAGGACCGUUAUCCACUAGUAAGCAACACGAAAAUUAUGUUAGGUGUUGUGUGGCCGGAUCGUCAUGUUGCAUUCCCCGAUUUUCUCGAUCCGACCAACAACACUGCGAAGUGGUGGAUUGAAGAGUUCGUCAGAUUCCAUAAGCUGGUUCCAUUUGAUGGCAUAUGGAUUGAUAUGAAUGAACCAGCAAACUUUGGUACCAACAUUGAGAAGCCAUGGUACUUUGACAAUCCUGAUCAUCCCAAUAUCGAACCUUUAAAAUGUCCGAUGAAGGAUGGUGGGAAAGAUGCAGAAUGGGAUAUGCCUCCUUACAAAACCCACUCGGUUUGGGUUUUCGGACAGGAUGCUUAUUUGGCGUCACAAACACUGUGUAUGUUAGCAGUACAGGCGGGAGGAACUCAACGUCACUACAAUGUGAAAAGCCUUUAUGGAUUCUUCGAAGCAAAAACAACACAGCAAGCACAAUAUAAAGCAACGAACAAGAGAGGACUCGUAGUGUCAAGAUCCACGUUCGCUUCUACUGGACGCUAUGCUGGACACUGGCUUGGGGACAACAGCGCAACGUGGGAAGAUCUUCAGUCGGCUGUUAUCGGAGCUCAAGAAUUUAAUUUAUUCGGGAUACCUUACAUUGGCUCGGAUAUUUGUGGAUUUAACCGCGAAACAAACGAAGAGUUGUGUCUGAGAUGGCAUCAAAUGGGUGCUUUUCAUACGUUCAUGAGGAAUCACAACGCAAUCAACCAAGCACCCCAAGAUCCAGCUCAGUGGUCGUCCGUUGCUGCUGCCGCCAAGAAAGCCAAUCUCUUCCGUUAUAAGUACUUGCCGUACGUUUUCAGUCUGCUCUUUGUCGCCUCGUUGAAUGGAGGAACUGUGAUUCGUCCAGUAUUCUACGAGUAUCCGCAAGAUUCAAGGACGCACGAUCUGGGCUACCAGUUUCUAUGGGGCAGCUCAAUGAUGAUCGCGCCGGUUGUGCAUCAGGGAGAAACAAAAGUACAAGCAUACCUACCAGAGGAUGAUUGGUAUUCAAUGUAUGAUCACGAAUACGGUCACAUAGUUAGGCAUGGUCAUCAGACGUUCCCAGCUCCCUGGACAUCUCUUAUUCCUGUUUUUGUUAGAGGCGGUUCCAUCUUACCUCGUCAGAAACCGAACGUGACUACGGAGUAUACACGAAAGAACGCUUUCGAGCUACUGAUUGCUCCCGGAAAUAAUUUCAGGCCUCAGGACUCUGCAGAUGGUUUACUUUAUUGGGAUGACGGAGACAGCAUUGUUGAGUCUUUCUCGACUCACAAUUAUUACCACUGGGAAUUCAAAUAUACCUCUACGGAGAAAAGUGCAUCUCUACUAAUAAACACGAGAAGAAAAGCUGAACUGAGAAUUCCUUACCUUGAUACACUGGAAAUAUUCAACUACAGACAUAACCCCGAUUUCGAUAGUUUCUCGCUGAACGGCGAAAAGGUAAAAAUUGACACGGAAUCUUCAAACUACAAUAUAGAUUCGAAAAUAUUGUACAUUUCUACAAAAAAUCUCAUCGACAUGGCCACAGGAAAGCCGGUUGAGCUAACAUGGAAGCAUUCGGUCUGUUCUGGUUCCGUAGAACGUGGCUUUGUAUCUUUGCUUUUAUUGAGCUGUGUUACUUUCGCUGCCUGGAUUCUUUAA